AUCGGAUUAUAUUCAAUAUUCUUUUGUGCAUGAUGUUUAAAAUAUGUGUUAAUAUUUUUUAAAUAAUUUUUAUAACAAGCAAAUAUAGUGUUUAUUAAAUAUAUUUUUUUAAUAUGCAUAUCUUACUAAAAUUCAUUUUGAUAGUGUUUUGUCUAGCUUCAUUGUGUGGAAGCUACGAACUUAACAAGGCAAAUACAAAAUGUAAUAUUCCAUUAGUAAUUCGCGGGCAAUGGUAUUCUUGGGAAAAUGGACGCAGUACAACAACAGAGAUUGAUGCAACCAGUAUGUCUAAACGAGGGAAUUGCAUUCGAUCAAUGGAAGAAAAUCAGGUGAAUUUCACUUUUGUAUUUCAAAAAAGUGCUGGUGAUUGUUAUACAUGUGUCAAAUUCAUGGUUCGGACUGUUAAUGUAUUGGAUAAAAUGGAAAGUGUUUGUAUGACUUUAAAUCCUAAUGAGUAUGAGUCUCCUGAUAAAAUAUGUCAAUUUCAAGACACACAAUUAAACACAUUGUUUUCGGAAAAUUACAUACCCGUAAACUGCCGAUCUAGUCUUGAAGGAGUAUGGCAGUUUGCAUAUCAGAACCGUUUUCGUUUUACUGGUGAAUGUAAUAAUCCUGAAGCACAAAUUAAAUCUUGUCAAACUGCGGGAACACAAUUUUUAAUAACUAAUCAAAAAUUCAAUAUUACAUACAAAAAAUGUCCUGGUAUGACAGGCACAUUUGAUGGAGUUGUUGAGUACAGUUGUUUAGGAGACUGGUUUGUAGACAAAAAUCAUUUCUUUGCUGUAGCUAAUACUAAAGAAUCUCGUAAAGAUGAAAAAUAUCGAUGUUUCUUAAAAAAUCGAGAUGAUGAUUUAUAUAUUGGUGUGUCUAUUACGGCAGAGUGUAAUACACUUCAGACAGUAGAAAAAAGUCCAGAGAGAUUACAUAUAAAUCCUGUGAAAGCUGAAGUUGUAGAGGCAGGUUGCCGACUACCCCAAAAUUAUAGCGGUGAAUGGGUGAAUACAGCCAAUAUGGAUGCUGAUGUGUUUAUUAAUGAAACUCAUGUAAUUGAAACAUGGUAUCCGGAUGAAGCACGAUUUAGAAGAACAAUAUAUGUAUGUCGUGAACAAAGAGGAUCUCGUUAUAUGAUGGCACGGCUCACUGUUGAUGGAUGCCAAAAGGAUUAUGUGUGUUUUGAUUUUGUACCCCGACAUCACAAUAUUAUUCGUUAUAGAAGAGGUAUAGCAUUUAUUAGAGAUAAUUUUCAUACCGUGUGCUCUUGGGUACAAUUUCCAAACAAAGAUAAUUGGAAAUAUGAUAUUUUUGUCUCCAAAACUCCUGUUCCUAUAAGAUGUCCAGUGGCAGGUAAAUUCAACUUCACUCAAAAAGGUGAUUUUUUGUUUGAAACUCGUAUUCUUGGUGGUGUUACAUUAUCACCUCGUCCACAAAUUACCUGCAAGGAUACAAUAUCAGACUUUGCUGCCUGUGAUGGUGAUCAAAAAGAGAUUACUAUUGAUGAAUCAUUUUGCCUUGAUGUGGAUCAUCGUGGACAGCCUGUAGAUAUUUAUAGUGAUCCAGACUACAGAUUACAAUGCAUAGGUUACUGGAAAGAAAAUUUGAAGUCUUAUUUAAUGACAUACGAUCCUCUUGAUGCAGCUAGCAUGUAUAGAUGUUGGGUGUAUCAACGAGCUGAUCUUAACCGUGUACUAAUGUCACAAGCUAUAGGAUCAUUUUGUGAUCUUAAACAAGAUGCAUUUAGUAAUAACUAUACAGAAGGAGCCACUGUUGCUAUUGAAAUGACAGAAUAUGAACGUGAAAGAGAUCAAUGUCCAAUGUAUUUUGAUGAUGGCGCUAAUCCAUGGGUUCAUGCAGACAAUUAUAUACAAGUAUUUAAGUAUGGUAGAUCGUCUACAUUAAUUAUUUCAUCGAGUAUGCUCUCAAUUGCUGUUCUCUUUACAAUUCUGUUGUAAAUUUUAAUUGGUAUGCCUUAAGUUAUAAUUUAUACUUCUAGUAGCUUUAUCAGUUUAUCACAUAAUUAGGAUAUUAUUGUUUAUUAUCUAAUCUAUGUGUAAAAUACCCAUGAUAUUUUUUAAAUUAUCUUGACUAUAAUCACUGUGUAUACACGUCAUAUUUAUCUUGACUAUCAAAAUAUUUAAGUUUUGAAACUUCAAUUUUUAUUACGAUGCCCUGCAAUUUGUGUUAUUUCAGAAAAUAAUUUCUAAUGAAGUGUGAUAAUAAUAUUUUGUCAUUUUGGUGUUUUAUAGAUCAUUCCUUUAAUUUUUAAAUCAUUGUUUAUUAGGAUUCUGUUUAGUAAAUUCUAAAAUUUAAUCAAUUUAAUAAUCCUUUUACAAGUGCUCACACAAUUGAACAACGUUAGUUCGUUAAAUCACAUAAUAUAACAUCAAAUAUGAGUAUUAUUUAUAUUUUUAUUGAUAUAAUAGUAAGUUUCUUUGAAAGCAAUAAAGAUAAAAUACAAAUAAUGCAAACUUGUCUUGCAUUAGUCAAGUUAAUUUUUGAUAUGUACAAUAUAUUACCCAUUUUUUAUUAUGUUUACAAUAAUAUUUUUUUGAGUAAUCUCAUAAUCAAGCUACAUAACUUCAUAAUUAUUA